UCUCAUUCCCCACCCUCUAGUCGCACAAGAUGGGCUCCGACGCGCCCAAGAAACAGCUCAUCCUCAAUGCCUUCGCCAUGCAAUCGCCCUCCCACCUGAACCCGGGCUUGCACCGCUAUCCCGGCGACCAGGGACACAACUACAAAUCGCUACAGAACUGGGUACAACUGGCGCAGAAGCUCGAGGCCGCCAAGUUCCACGCCAUCUUCUUCGCCGACGUGCUGGGCGGCUACGACGUCUACAAGGGCCCGGCGAACCUGGACCCGACGAUCCCCGCGGGCGCGCAAUUCCCCAUCAACGAUCCGCUCUACAGCAUCCCGGCGAUGGCCGCCGCCACGCAGAGCAUCGGCUUCGGGGUGACCGCGUCGACGACCUACGACGCGCCGUACGCGCUGGCUCGACGGUUCUCGACGGUCGACCAUCUCAGCAACGGUCGCGUGGGGUGGAACAUCGUGACGUCGUACCUGGACUCGGCGGCGCGGAACUUCGGGCUGAACACGCAGGUGGAACACGACGAGCGGUAUCGCAUCGCCGACGAGUACCUCGACGUCACCUACAAGCUGUGGGAGGCGUCCUGGCGCGACGACGCCGUCAAUGUGCGCGACGGCGUGGCCGGAUAUGCCGACCCCAAGGCCGUUCGCCAGAUCAACCACCAGGGCAAGUAUUUCACCGUGCCGGGCCCGCAUCUCUGCGAACCGAGUCCCCAGCGCACGCCGUUCCUGCUGCAGGCGGGCACUUCGACGGCCGGCAAGGCGUUUGCGGCGAAGCACGCGGAGGCGAUCUUCCUGCACGGCCAGAAGCCGGAGCUGGUGCGGCCGUCGGUGGACAACGUGCGACAGCAGGCGAAGGAACUCGGCCGUGAUCCAUCGGCGAUCAAAGUGGUCGCGGGUCUGCUGGUGCUCGUGGCCGAGACGGACGAGGCGGCGUAUGCCAAGUUCGCGGAGCUGGCCAAAUACGGGGAUCGUGAGGGUGCGCUGGCUCUGUUCGGCGGCUGGUCGGGAUACGAUCUGUCGAAAUGGGACGACGACCAGGACUUCCGCUUCGUCGAGCAGCCGGCGGUGCGCAGCAUGGUCAACCACUGGGCCAGCACGGUGCCGGGCACGGAGGGCAAGAAAUGGGACAAGAAGACCAUCGCGGAGUAUCUCAUCAUGGGAGGCAACGGGGCCAAGAUCGUCGGCAGCGUGAAGACGGUGGCGGACGAGCUGGAGCGCUGGGUCGAGGUGGGAGACGUGGAUGGCUUCAAUCUGAGCUAUGCCAGUCUGCCGGACACCUUUGACGAUAUCAUCAAGUAUCUGAUCCCUGAGCUGCAGGCACGAGGCAUCUUCCACACGGACUACUCGGUGCCAGGAGGUACUUUCCGUGAGAACAUGUACGCGACCAAGGGCCAUACUCGAUUGCCCGAGUCGCAUCCUGGGGCCAAGUAUUUCUGGAAGCAGGGCGAGGAGAAGCCAAAGUAUGCGGUCGAUGAAUAA